AUGGCGCUCACCUUACCACGACCCAGUUUACAGACGUUUAACGGCGAUCCCCUAGGUUACUGCGACUUUGUGCGUGCGUUUGAACAUCUGGUAGAGCGCAAGGCAAACGACCCCAGCGCAAGACUCUACCUUUUAGUGCAGCACACUUCCGGAAGCGUGCAGGAAUUGAUGCGAAGUUGUCUGUCCAUGCAGCCAGAGGAGGGAUAUAGAGAAGCACGACGCUUGCUUAAGGAGCGAUACGGUCAGAAAUACAAGAUCGCCGCCGCGCACGUACAGAAACUCAUCAACGGGGCCCCCAUCAGAACAGAGGACGGCGAGGAGCUGCAGAGAUUCUCCAUCCAGCUGGUGAGUUGCACCAACACAUUGAAGGAAAUUGGUUACAUAGGGAAACUGGACAAUCCAGAAAACCUAAAGGAAAUCGUCGAUCGCCUGCCGUACCCACUUCGCGCGAAAUGGCGAGACGCGGUGGACCGUAUUGUGGAAAAAGAAGAAAGAGACGUGACAGUCAAGGACCUAACAGAUUUCGUGACGAUGAAGGCCAGAGCAGCCAGCCAUCCUGUGUUCGGUAAACUUGAAAGAGCGUCAGACAAAAUCACCGGCCCAGGAAAUCAACGACCACGCCGUAGUGCCAACGGUUUCGCAACGCAAGGGGGCGAGCAAACCUCGACCGAAGCCAGAGAAAAGUGGUGCCCACUGUGUAAGAUGGCCCACUGGCUGUCACGCUGCGAAAAGUUCCGGAAGCAAUCGUUGGCCGAAAGAAGACAAGUAGUCAGAAACAGCAAACUGUGCCUCAACUGUCUACUGCCAGGACAUUUUGUCAAUGCGUGUCCCAAACCCAGUUACUGCAAGGUGCCAGAAUGUGAAACAAAGCACUCGACGUUUCUGCAUCCGAGGUCCGAGAAGACGCCCGAACACGAUGCUGAUGCAACACCCAGUCAAGAGAGCGUAGCCAACCGGAACAGUACGCCAGCAGACGAAAACCCUACACAAGCCGAUAGUUUGUACGUUCGAAUGUCGACCAAACCCAACGCGCCAAGAUACGAUUCUGUGACAGCGCUGGCCAUCGUUCCUGUUCGCGUCAAGGCAUCUGGCCAUGGUGCAUCUAAGACGGUGGAAACGUAUGCAUUCUUGGAUUCGGGCUCGAAUGCAUCAUUCUGCACCGAAGCCCUGCUCGACCAACUCGACCUUCAAGGCCGCAAGAUGAGUCUGUCGCUGACGACGAUACAAGGUAAAAACUUGCUCGUGCAGUGCUCCCAGGUGAGUCUUGAAGUGUCUUCACUGGAUUCAGCAGCACAGCCCGUUAAUAUGCCAGUGGUGUAUUCACGACCAUCUCUACCAAUCUCCCGCGACGCCAUCAGUAACCAGGAAGAUGUAAACCGCUGGCCACAUCUUGAAGGAUUAUCCUUGCCAGAGAUCGACGCCAAAAUCGGCCUGCUUAUCGGAAGCGACGUCCCCGAAGCAAUACAACCAAUGGAAGUACGACAAAGUGAGAGCGGAGGACCUUUCGCGACUCGGACCAUCCUAGGAUGGGUACUCAAUGGCCCUCUUGGUAGAGGAAAGAACACGUCAGCUACGUCCAACUUUUUGCAGAGCACUGCUCGUCUUGAGCAGCAAUUCCAGGACUAUUGCAACUUGGAGUUCAACGACUCGUCCUACGAUGCCAAACAGUCAAUGUCGCAAAAUGACAAGAGAGCGCUGGCACUAACGGCACACUAA